AUGGAAGAGGAGACGGAAGUGGAACUGGAAGGCGAGAUGGAAGGAGAGAUGGAAGGAGAGAUGGAAGGAGAGAUCGAAGGAGAGAUCGAAGGGGAGAUCGAAGGGGAGAUCGAAGGAGAGAUGGAAGGGGAGACUGAAGGGGAGAUCGAAGGAGAGAUCGAAGGGGAGAUCGAAGGAGAGACUGAAGGGGAGACUGAAGAGAGAACUGAAGGCGAAACGGAAGGAGAGAUGGAAGGGGAGAUGAUCGAAGGAGAGAUGGGGGGAGAGAUGGAAUUCUUGGGGGCAGAGGAGGACAAACAGGUAUUUUAUGGCUAUAUGGAAGAAGAGCCAGCCAGAUAUUCUGAGCCGCCCUACCCAGAAUUCAUUUCCGAGGAAAUGUCUGGAAAAGUGAGACCCGAAUCCCUUCCUGACAUUUCCCAAGAGCUGGAGCUCUCACCAGAGCUCAUGAGCCCACUGGAAUCGAGAGGGGCUGAGUUCGAGGGGUCCAGCGAGAUGGUCGACCCUUUGAGUACAGUAAGCAGUGGGUCCAAGUCCUUGGAUGGUGAGAUCGAGGCCUACAAGAAAUCCAUCAUGAAGGAGGAGGAGAAGAACGAGAAGCUGGCAGGCAUCCUGAACCGCACGGAGACCGAGGCCAGCCUCACGCAGAAGAUGACCGCCCAGUGCCUGAGCAGGCACGAGGUGCUGCAGAACGAGUUCACCACCUACCGCCUCACGCUGCAGGACGCAGAGGACGCCCUCAGCAAGGGCCAAGUGGAGCACACGGCAGUCACAAACGAGCUGCACGCCAUCCACCAGGCCAUCCGCCAGGAGCAGGACUUCAAGCGCCACACGGACACCUCCAUCACGGACAAACUGCAGGAGCACGUGACCUCCAGAAAGUUGACCAAGUACUUCAACCAGCUCCUCCAGAAGCUGCAGAAGGAAAAGACCACCAUGGUGACACACCUCUCCAAAAUCGACGGCGACAUUGCGCAGGCCACCCUGAACAUCACCAACACCAGCUGCAGGCUGGAAAUGCACCAGAAGACGCUGUCGGAGCUGGACAAGGAGGUGAAGGAGGUGAAUGAGCUCAUCACCAACAGCGAGAACGAGAUCUCCCGCCGCACCAUCCUGAUCGAGAGGAAGCAGGGGCUCAUCAACACCUUCAACAAGCAGCUCGAGCAGAUUGUGUCGGAGCUGGGGGGGGAAGAGAUGGGACCCCUGGAGGUGGAAAUCAAACGGCUGACCAAGCUGAUCGAAGAGCACACGGCCAAGAUCACGCAGACCCAGGUGAGCUGGCUGCGCCUGCAGCAGGAGCUGGUGCAGGUCAGCCAGGAGCGCGAGGACCAGCUGGCCACCCUGGACAUGCUCAGCAAGGAGCUGAACAUCAUGGAGCAGAAGAAGCUGCGGACCGACAACAAGAUCGAUCAGGAGAAGAAGGAGCAGAAGGAGAUCAGCUGCCACAUGAAGGACCUGGACAAUGACCUGAAGAAUCUCAACGUGCUCAUCAACAAGAAGCGUGGCAGCUCCGAGGAUCUGCAGCAGAGCAACUUCGUGGCGGAGAACGAGUUUGUGCGCACGCUAAAGAUGGAGGAGAGAGAGACGAUCCGAAUGCAAGAGAAACUAGACAAGCUCCUGGAGGAGAAGGAAGCGCUCCUCAACAGCCUGGUGGAGGCCGAACACCAGAUCAUGCUUUGGGAGAAAAAAAUCCAACUGGCAAAAGAGAUGCGUUUUGUGGUGGAUUCUGAGGCUGGCCAGACAGAGAUCCGGGCCAUGAAGGCUGAGAUACAGAGGAUGAAGGUGAGUCUCGGGAAGCUCUUGAAGCAGCAAGAGAAGAUGAUCCGGGACAUGGAGAUGGCCGUGGCCCGCAGGGAGGCCAUCGUGGUCCAGGCCGAGGGCCAGAGCAAGACCAAGAAGGUGCUCACCCGGUCUGACUUCCACCACAAGCAGGUGGAGCUGCGGCGGAAGAUCCGGGAGGUGUACAAGGCCACGGAGGAGUCCUCUAAGACCAUCUCGGAACUGGAAGCAUCCCAAAAACUCCUGAGCAGCACCCUGGCGGAGAAACAGAAGGUGCUGGUGGCCAUAGAGAGAGAGUCCGACAAGAUCGAUGCUGACCUGGAGCACCUCACAGCCCUUAAGCGACAGAACCUCUCGGAGAUUGUGCUUCUGCAAACACGCCACAAGCACCUGCAGGACGUGAUGGACGGAAAGUACGUGUUCCUUUUCCGCUCUGCCAAGUCCCUGCUUAUGGAAGAGAAGCGCCUUCAGGACCGGCUGGCCCAGCUGGGCUCCAUCCUCAGCCAGGUGCAGCAGGAGUAUCCCCAGUUCCAGGAGACCCUGCACAAGGUCAGCCGGAAAAUCGCCAGCAAGCUCCAGACCACUCAGCCCUAGCGAGCGCUGGGCCAUCUCCCGCUGGGCCCGUGCUCCUGGCCAUCCUCCGGGGUGUGUUCCUAAAAGCCACCCGUGACCUCAGGCUUACACCAGCUGGAAAAAAGAAAACAAGGAGAGCCGGCCCCAUAGAAAUCAGUUUUUUGGCAGUUCAAGCCCAGUAUU